GCCCCAGCGGGAAGCUCUGGGAAUUCUGGGGACGCGUCGGGCGGGCCUGGGGACCCGUAAGGAGAGGGGAUGUGGGGUGCAAAUGAUGGCCCUGGGGCGAGGCGAGGCUGACAGUUGCAGGACUGAUAGAGAACCCCGACUUGGAGGCCGGAGACCUGAGUUCUGGCCCGCGCUCGGCCGAGGACGUGAGGCAAGUCGCUUUGCUCAGUUUUCCUUGCCAGGCAGACAGGACAUAUCCGUCCGGAACCCAUCACAGCCUGGCUGGCUGGCCGGCUGGCUGGCCGGCUGGCUGGCUGGAGGUCUCUCUUGAGAUCUGCGCAUCGCAGCCGGCGAGCGCCUGGCCCGGUAGCUCAACAGUUUUGGCCGCGGCGCCCCCAGGAAUGGCGUUGCUGCGGGGGGGGGCUGCUGGCGCCCCCGGCCUCUGGUUGGUCCUCGUGGCCCCUCCCCCCAGGGGGCUGUGUGGGGACCCGAGUGGAGGGCGUCCGGCGACAAGCCUGAUGCAAGGAUCAGAGAACUAUCGUGCGCAUUUGUGUGCGCAUUUGUAUUUGCGGUAUGGACCCCGGUGCUGAACUAAGGACCUGUUCAGAGAGUUUAAGCUCCAGCAAGCAGUUGGAAAGUCAUGCCCGUAAUGAAGCCCCUUGACUAAAGUGGAGGCACCAGAAACACUUCAUUUAAAAAGGAUUCAUCUUGCCCGGCCAGGGCCUAGGCUUCAAGGACCCCAGGGACUUCUUUCAGUACUCCAGAAACCUCCUACACCCUGGUGAUGGCACAGAGGGACUGUUUUCUUGCUCUAAAUCUGAAUGACUGCCAAGAAGGAAGGCAAAGGUAGAGCAGUUGGAUAUCUGGCUCUUCCCAUAGCUUCUGAUUUCAGACAUUAUUGAAUUCCUUUCUGAGCCCCAGGACAAAGCUCACUUGAACAAGGGGUUUUGAGUCAUGAAUGAAAAAUCCUGCUCUUUCCACAAUGAAAACGAAUUAAGAGAUGGACAGGUUGCAAGUGUGCCUGCUGGGAACUCUCCACCAUAUGACAAGGACAACAGUGCUCUUCUGGCUUUCAGAGGAAUUCCUAUCUCGGAGUUGAAGAACCACAGCAUCCUCCAGGCCCUGACAUCAGAAGCUAAUGGAUGGGCGCCAGGUGUUGUGAGCCCAGAGGUGCUCAGGGCCCAGGAAGAAUGGGAAGCCGUGGACAGCAUCCAGCCGGAGACAGGGAGCCGGACCAGCUCAGACCAGCCUGGGCAGCUGAUCUCCUUCAGUGAGGCCCUGCAGCAUUUCCAGACUGUCGACCUCUCCCCCUUCAAGAAAAGAAUCCAGCCAACAAUUCGAAGGACUGGGCUUGCUGCCCUCCGGCACUGCCUCUUCGGGCCUCCAAAGCUCCACCAGGGCCUCCGUGAAGAAAGGGACCUGGUCCUGACAAUCGCUCAGUGUGGCCUGGAUAACCAAGACCCAGUGCAUGGCCGAGUCCUCCAGACCAUCUACAGGAAGCUGACCGGCUCCAAGUUUGACUGUGCCCUCCACGGAGACCACUGGGAAGAUCUGGGCUUUCAGGGAGCAAAUCCAGCCACAGACCUGAGAGGAGCCGGCUUCCUUGCCCUCCUGCAUCUGCUGUACCUGGUGAUGGACUCGAAGACGUUGCUGAUGGCCCAGGAGAUUUUCCGCCUGUCUCAUCACCAUAUCCAGCAAUUCCCCUUCUGUUUGAUGUCCGUGAAUAUCACCCGCAUUGCGAUCCAGGCCUUAAGAGAGGAGUGUCUCUCCAGGGAGUGUAACCGGCAGCAGAAGGUGGUCCCAGUGGUGAACAGCUUCUAUGCCGCCACUUUCCUCCACCUCGCUCACGUCUGGAAGACGCAGCAGAAGACGAUCGCAGACUCAGGCUUUGUCCUCAAGGACUUGGAAGUGCUGGCCAAGAAGAGCCCACGGCGGCUGCUCAAGACCCUGGAGAUCUACUUGGCCAAAGUAUCAAAGGGUCAGACCUCCUUGCUGGGAGCACAGAAGUGUGGUGGGGCACCAGCCCCUCACUCCAAGGACCUCACUUUCACAGGCGUGUGUGACCUGCCACCACACUCAUCCGAAGGCACGUGGGUGGUGUGACCACCGGAGACUGACAGAAAGACUUGAAAGCUGGGCCGCAGGGGCUUUCAGAGGGUGCAUGGCAAACCAUUCAGGGGCACCAUGGCUGGGCCAGGCCCCUCCCCAUCUCAGCUGAAGGGAUGCAGGAAGCUCCCGGGCCUGGUCAGGGGAGCCAAGGACCCUCAUCCUCGUGAGACAUGGCGGACAGCUAGACUUGGUCCUCUCCCCACAGAGCUGCACCCAGAGCGAG